CGCACGAGCCACGAGAAGCGGCUAUCGGAGGUUUCCACGGUGCCGUCUCGCUGCCAAUCGAUUGCCGGGAUGUUUGCAGUUGGGCUGGGCGCUUGGGGCGGCCUUGCCUCCCGGGACCCCUGAGUGCCGGCACGAUCAAAGGAGCUCUUUGGCGGCAUUGAGCGACGGCCUCUCUAUGACAACGAGAGGAGCAUCUUGAAGCAACCUAACCCAAAACACUUUUUUUUUUCGCAAUACCACGGCGCAACAAACCCUCGCUUAUCCUGUCUUCAACCGUGCGCACGGGAGCAUCCGAAAGAUACCAGCUGGGCUGACCGCGCUUCCGUUCGCUGCCUCCUCGAUAAUACACUACUCGCCGUCAUCAUUUCCAUCGACUAGUACGGCCCGAUCCGACACGUUAGAGCCCGAUCUGUAUCAAGGAAUCGCCUUGCCUGGUCAAAUCCUCUCCUCAUCCGUCUAAUUAUCAACUGCCUCAAUCAUCACACUCCUACGAACUCAACGCGCUCUCAGUCUUCCGGGGCACUAGCCAACACGCAAAGAUGGGUCAGAGCAUGUCAUGGCUGUCUAGCCUGUCCAACCUCUUUUGGACAAAGAAGGAGAUCCGCAUUCUGAUAUUGGGCCUCGAUAAUGCCGGAAAGACAACACUACUAUACAGGCUCAAGAUUGGCGAGGUAGUAACCACGAUACCAACAAUCGGUUUCAACGUCGAAUCAGUCACAUACAAGAAUCUCAACUUCAAUGUGUGGGAUCUGGGUGGUCAGACUAGCAUCCGCCCGUACUGGAGGUGCUACUAUGCGAACACGGCGGCGGUAAUAUUCGUUGUUGACUCGACCGAUAUGGAGCGAUUGCAAACCGCGGCGGAUGAGUUGGCCGCUAUGUUGAAUGAGGAAGAGCUGAAGGACGCUGCCCUUUUGGUGUUUGCCAACAAGCAAGAUCAGCCAGGUGCAAAGGGGGCGGCAGAUAUCUCUCAGGCUCUCCGCCUGGGCGAGCUAAGGGACAGGAACUGGAGCAUCAUGGCCUGCAGUGCAGUGGAAGGGACAGGCAUCACAGAGGGCAUGGAUUGGUUGGUGCAAACCGUAAAAGAGGAGUAGUGGCCAAAGCAGGGAAUGCGCAAACAUCACCACCGGCUUUGAGAUGACGAGGAGAAUCUGUACAACAACAAAUGACAACAACAUCAACAUUCGGGAAUAGGUCGUACCGACGGAAUUACAUACCGGCACAUGACUUGGGUAUAUCGGAUACGUAUGGCGGCGGCAGGCCGGGUUUCUCGGCGUUCUUGGGGGUUAUGUCCCGUGGUGGUUGGUACCAGCGGAUGCCUUGAUGACAAACAAAACGACAUAAGGGUUCAGAGAUUUCUGCCUACAUAUAUCAGCUUACGAGCUUUCUAUAGCCUUCUUUUAAUUAAUGGACUGGCUCCGGCGACUAUUCAACGUCGGAUCGUCGGGUAUUGAGACUUCAAGCACACAACAAAAAAGACGAAAUUCGGACUCUUACAACAUGUCUGCGCGUUGGGCAAUAUCCCGUUUCACACGACAUAUUCCCGACUCCGAUAUUACUUAUAUUCUCUUGCGCGGUGACUCUAAGCUUGGUCAUCAGUUGACC